AUGGCUUCCCGCAUCGCGCGAAGCGCUGUCAGCGCUCCUCUCCUCCGACCGACGAUCGCCCGCCGAACCCUCCCUGCUCUCGCGGCCGUUGCGACGCGAAACUCCAGCAACGUCCCCACCGAGGAGCCCAAGAAGAAGGCGCAGAGCAUCGUCGACGCGCUCCCCGGCAGCAGCUUGCUCUCCAAGACGGCCAUCCUCAGCAGCGCCGCCGGCCUCAGCAUCUACGCCAUCAGCAAUGAGUUCUACAUCAUGAACGAGGAGACGGUCGUCGCCGUCUGCCUGCUAGCCGUCUGGGGCGGCCUCAUCAAGUACGGCGGCCCAGGCUACAAGGAGUGGGCCGAGGCCCAGAACCAGAAGAUCAAGAACAUCCUCAACAGCGCCCGCGCCGACCACACCGAGGCCGUCAAGACCCGCAUCGAGGACGUCAAGCAGAUGGGCGGCGUCGUUGACAUCACAAAGGGCCUCUUCAAUGUCUCCAAGGAAACCGCCCAGCUCGAGGCCAAAGCUUUCGAGCUCGAGCAGCAGACCGCCCUGGCUGCCGAGGCCAAGACCGUCCUGGACUCGUGGGCCCGCUACGAGGGCCAGGUCAAGCAGCGUCAGCAGCAGGAGCUGGCCACGUCCAUCAUUGCCAAGGUGCAGAAGGAGCUCGAGAACCCCAAGGUCCUGCAGCAGAUUCUCCAGCAAAGCGUUGCCGAUGUUGAGCGGAUCGUCUCCUCCAAGGCCCAAUAG